AUGAACGAGGGCGGCGGCCGCAGGUCGGCGCCAAGCUCUCCGCGAUCCAGCAUGGACAACUCAACCACGUCCUUUGACAGCGUCCGCAGCAGCGGCUCUGACUGGCCAACGCACCCCUACGAACUCAACACCAUUGCCGAGCUGGACACGCUGCCCAUUGGCACCGAGGUCAACUUCCGUGGCCGCAUCCAUACCCAGCGUCAGCUCUCCAAGGCCCUCGACUUCCUUCUCCUGCGUGACCAGACCUUCUCCAUCCAGGGCGUCCUUUCCAGAGAGAACAUGGACAUGGUCCAAUGGGUACAGAAGCUGCCUGCUGAGUCUCUGCUUCAAAUCAAUGGCGUUCUCAAGGCGCCCCCGGAGCCUGUGCGAUCUGCCACCGUGUCCCACGCCGAGGUUGACAUCCACGGCCUGUGGCUCGUGAACCCGGCUCAGAAUGCCCCGUUCAGUGUCUAUAGACCCCCCGAGGCCUUGCGCAACCGCAUGUCGUCGCGUAUCCUUGAUCUGCGGCACCCGGCCAACCAGGCUCUGUUCCGCAUUCGAUCUCAGGUCUCUCACCAAUUCCGUGAAACCCUCGAGGGCUUUGGUUUUGUAGAGAUCAACACUCCCAAGCUCCAGCCUGCUGCCACUGAAAGCGGUGCCUCCGUUUUCAAGGUCAACUACUUCGGCCGCAAGGCUUUCCUAGCCCAAAGCCCACAACUCGCCAAGCAAAUGUCCGUCGCCGCCGACUUUGGUCGCGUCUACGAGAUUGGUCCUGUCUUCCGUGCAGAGAACUCAAACACUCAUCGCCAUCUUACCGAGUACACCGGUUUGGAUCUCGAGAUGGCCAUUGAGCAUGAUUACCAUGAGGUCAUCGAGGUGCUUGACUUGUUCCUCAAGAAUGUCUUCAAGGCCGUCUACGCCAUGCCCGAGGUUGAGAUUCUCAAGCAACGAUGGCCCAGCACUGAAUUCAAGUAUCUGGACGAGACACUCGUUCUCGAUUUCAGAGAUGGCCUUCAGAUGCUGAGGGACGAUGGUCGUGAAGCUCCCGAGGAAGACUUGUCCACUUCGGAUGAGAUUCGACUGGGUGAGCUUGUCAGGGAGAAGUAUAACACUGAUUAUUACGUCCUCGACCGCUUCCCCACAAAUGCCCGUCCGUUCUAUACCCACAAGGACCCCGAGGACCCCAAAUGGACCCGGUCUUUCGACAUCUUCAUCCGCGGCCAGGAGAUUUGCUCCGGUGGCCAGCGUAUCCACGAUGCUGCCGAGCUGCGCGCCAAUAUGUCUGCUGCCGGCAUUGCGGAAGACGGCAUGGAAGAGUACCUGGCCGGUUUCGACCUUGGUGCGCCGCCCCAUGCUGGAGCUGGUCUGGGUCUCGAGCGGAUUGUGACCUGGAUGCUCGAGCUCGGAGACGUCCGAAACGCCUCGCUCUUCUACCGUGACCCCAAGUCGCUCCCCGACCGCAAGCCCACUCUGCCCCAUCCCGAGGCCGAUACCACCAAGCAGUAUGCCGCACUCCACACCCCUCCGGUCGAGAAGCUCAUUGCCAACUACGGCGAUGCCUCCAACACUUCUUGGCUCGACGACAGGUUCGAGAUUUGGAGGCACAAGUCUGGUGCUGCCGUCGGAUUUGUCAGACAAGACAAGUUUGCCAUGGUCACUGGUGAUCCUCUCUGCGAUAAGUCGCAAUACACGGAUGUCAUCAUGUCAUUUAUCAAAUACGUGCUGACGGAGCUCCACAUGGUCCCUAUGUGGAUGCUUGUCUCGUACGAUGUGCAGAGGAUCCUGGCCCACGAUUUGGGCUGGCGAACCCUCUCCUGCACGGAGGAGCAGCGUGUCGACACAGCCAGACACCAGAGCCCUGCUGGCGGACCCAAGGCCCGCAGAGUCGAGCGUGAAGGCGUCAAGAUUCACGAAGUCAAGGCUGACGACGACUUCAUCAGCCGCGUAAACCCGCAAAUUGAGGCUUGGAAGGCCAACCGCAAGGGCAAGCAGGUUCAUAUGACGGAGGUGCGCCCCUGGGUCGACAUGGAGCACCGCCGCUACUUUGCGGCCGAGAAGGAGGGCAAGGUCCACGCCAUGGUGGUGUUGGCCAAGCUGGCUCCCCGACACGGCUGGCAGGUCAAGUGGGCGCUUGACUUCCCCGGCGCCCUCAACGGCGCUAUUGAAAUUCUAAUUGAGCACGCUCUUUCGUGUGUCACCGGCCAGGUGACGUUUGGUGUCGGCGUGUCAGAGAAGCUGACGCCCGGCGAGCAUCUCCACGGCAUUCGGGCUAAGUUCCUUGCCACCACCUAUCGUUCCAUCGUCGAGAGCCUGGGUCUCCGACGGAAGGCGGGCUUCCGAUCCAAGUUUGGCGCUUUGGGUGAAGAGGUCUACAUUUGUUAUCCUAAGCAUGGCGUCGGCUUGAGAGACUUGCAGCAAAUUAUCAAGUUUUUCCAGGAUUGA